UCGCGAAUUGAUAACAAAUAAGCUGUCGCAUCCGAGACGCAGAGACUCGCGUAUAAAUAUGACAGCUACAUCGCACUUCGAUCAUUUCUGAUUUUGAGCUUGCAACAUGAAGUUCUAUGCGCUCUUCGUUUUCGCACUAGCCAUGCUGGCUAUGGCAUUUGCCAUUCCUAAUCCGGAGCCUCGCCCAAUUCCUGAGCCAUAUCCUGGUGGUGGUGGCGGAGGCGGAGGAGGUGGAGGAGGCGGCGGCGGUGGCGGUGGAGGUGGUGGUGGUAAAUAAGCCGGUUUGAGAUGAGCUGUCUAUAAUUAUUUUGGGAAAUCGAUUGUAUUACUGUAAUAAUAUAAAACAAAACGCAUAAUAAAUACAUACUACAUACAUAUAUGUAUACACAAAAAAAGAA